AUGAUACAACGGGUGGUAUGCGCAAUAUCCGGAGGAGUGGACAGUGCUGUUAGUGCUGCGAUUCUUAAAAAAAAGGGGUUCGAAGUCAUUGGUGUGUAUAUGGUGAGUUAACUUCGCUCUAAAUAAUACGGUAACAGAACAAUUGGGACUUUGUGGAGGAAGGGGAAAAUCAUUGUCCGAGAACCUUGGAUGAGACGGAUGCCCAACGGAUAUGUACAGCAUUGGAUAUAAAAUAUUAUCGUGUCGAUUUUGUUAAGGAGUAUUGGAAUGGAGUGUUUGAGUAAGUAACAGAGAUUCCCACUUACUUCGAGUCAGCAGCUCUUGUUCAAACAAUAGGUAUACCUUACUGACGGUCCGUGGGAUCCCCAAAUGAGACUAAGUAAGAUAUUCUGAACGAGCAUACAAAAGCCGGGGCCCGGUUUCGAAUCAACCCACAUUCAACGAGUUGUGCAGGGUGCGGCAAUUUUGUAGCCCGAUUCGAAUUCGCUAUAACUUUUUUAUUUGUCGGCCAAAUUUUACGAUUCUUUUUUUCCAUCAAUCCCCAGAGUUUGCGUUUUUGUCGGUUACCAGGUAUGUUAUGCAGCGGGUAAAAAAAUUUUUUCUUUGAUCGGCGGAUACUUCGGUAAUCCUCCUUGAAUUCGGCGGAGUGUUUUUUUUCACAAAUGAGGCUGUAAAUUGUUGUAUGUGUGAUGAAAAUGGGCGGAAAAGGAUUCAGAAGAUACAACAUGACAUUUAUUUCAAAUUUUUGUCAUUUGGCGGAGACAUUUUUUAACCGCGGCGGACGAUUUUUCUUCGACUUUGGAGAGCCAAAUCUGGCUAAAACCUAAACGUAUGGUUAAAGAUAUUAUUUACAGCCUCAUUUGUGAAAAAAAACACUCCGCCGAAUUCAAGGCGGAUUACGGAAGUCUUCGUUGCGUUUAAUAGAUCGGGAAACCUCCGAUCUAUUAUAGCUCCUGUAUAUAAUUUAAUUUCCCAUUUUUGACAGCAUUUGAUUCAUAUUGCCUAUAAAGACUUUUCAGUGAUGCCAAAGAAAAAAUAGUUACUACACGUCUUAUAUGUCGACCGCUCCGGCAGUGAGCCAAAAAUCAUCUUUUAAUUUUUGUUCAUGUUCAUUAUUUUCUAUGCGGAAAAAUGGUCCAAGUUUUGUUUUCAAUUUUUUGAGCAAAAAUCGAGUCUUUAGGAUACUUAUUAGCUGACUAAAUCCAAAAAAAUUAAACUAUGAUACUAUUACUCAGUAAGGUGUCCUCUUGUUUGAACCCGAGGCUCUCGGCUUGCUCGGAAAGGGUUAACAGUUCGGGUGGAAAUAUGUCUGCUGAUUUUAAAAAGUUUAGAAGGUUUUUGGACGGAUAUCGAGCAGGAAAAACGUUGGUGGCAGAUGUAGAAUGUAAUGCCCUCAUAAAAUUCGAAGCUCUUCACCGCUUUUCUAUUGACUCGCUGGGGGUUGAUGCCGUUGCUACAGGACAUUAUGCUCAAAAUUCCCUUGGUAAUUUUCUGGAAAACACUAAAAAAGGUAUUUUGUAUACUUAAUUUUACUGAUAACAGAUGCACGGCAUUCUGUAAUUUUGGGACACAACCCCAGUUGUGAGUUACUGGUAUAUUAGAAUGGGUAGGUCAAGAUUUUAAUUUCUGACUUGCUGUAGGUGUACUGCAACAUUUGAAGAUUUUGCAUUUCUUCUCGAUUAGUAGUCCGGUUGACUCGGGAUUAUAGAAAAGGUGUUUCUAAGAAACUUAUGUAUUGACACCUCUUUUCCUAGGACUUCUGGAAGUAUGUGAAAAAUUUGCAUAAUUAGUAAAAAAAUUUAACUUCCCAAAUUUUCUCAAAAAUUUUGGAUACUUGUACAUCCUUUUUAAUGCUCUAAAUAACGCGCUAUAAUGUAAGGAUUCCAACGGUAUCAAAAUCAUCGCUGGUCCGUGUGCCAUACCCGCACACGAGACCUGUAAACAUUCUGUCAUCAUGGUUUUUUUUGAUUUACAAGUCAUAUUUUCCGAAUUGCAAUUUUUAUAAAGAUAAAUAUACAGGGUGUUUCAAGAAAUGUUCCACAAAGUGUUGGCGAAUAUCUUUGUGCUCCUUGCAACUACCUAUGAAUUGAUUUUAAAAUUUGAAGUUGGGCGAUUUUAAAAUAUGCUUUAUGGGAAUUUUCAAAACACUUUUUUAUUCAAAAAAUGUAAAAAAAGUGGAAUCUGGUCAUAAAAAAUCAGUGAAUGGUUGACAUUUUGUCCUGAUUUGUUUUUUUGCCGUUCAAGACUUGGUUUUGAGGUUGAAAACUAGUUGGCCAGUUGCCGGAAUUGGUAGAUGAAAAGGAAAAAAAUUCCAAAUCUGACUGCGAAAUAUUGGAUUGUUAAAUCAUUGUUCAAGUACUUGUUUUGUUCGUAGGUGGGAAAACAAAGAAUAUCACUCCGAACGUGAUUAAUUUAAUGAAAAACCUACAAACGACUACAUUUAAAAAAUUACAUCUCGUUACAAAGCCCAGACAUCUUAAUUACGGAUGAAAUUUAUCUUGCACAGAUUGCUCCGCUGGAGCAAGAAAAGCCAAUCCAACCUAAAAAAUCUGUGUUCUUUGAUAAAAGAUUGGGUUUAGCAGCUUUUGUCCCAUUCCCGUAAUUUUCAAAAUUAAAAGAACGGGAAAUGCGACUUUGAAGUGACUGGAAUAUCAAAAAAUUCCCUGACAAGGGAUCGGCAAAUAGUUGUACCCUGCUUUCUUAACGAAAUAUGUAUCAUUUGAAAGAGCAUUAAAAAUAUACUCCCGGACAUAAAUUUCUGACCACCCAUAUCUCAAGUCAAUAUAACGCAAUCGCUUUGAAACUUGGCAUGUAUACUAGUCAUGACAGACAGAAUGUGCCACAUAAAAUUGUUUUUCGUGUCUCUGUCCUUAGGCGAGUUAUGCAGGUUUUUUCAAAAAUUGGUGGACAAAACUUUCUGAUCACCUAAAAUAACUAAAGUUUUCUCAGUCUCCUUGAGUAAGCGACAUGGUUCAGUUAUCUUUGAACACUAUUAAGGGACCUACAAUGACGAUGGGUAUGAUUUUUACCACCAAAUUCGGCGUGUGCCCUCAAGCAACUCGUAUUCUUGCAGCGCUCUUUUUCUCGUUAAAAUCACGCCCUAUGCGGCAAGGACGACUUUUUAGUUUCAGAAAAAGUAAUAAGAAACUCAUUGGAGGUAGUGAUGCAAGAUCUUACUACCCUGCAAUGUGAAAUAUACUCCCCGCCAUAAGUUUUGACCCCCCUUCUAACUCGGUCCAAAGUGUACCAAUUUGGACCAAAUUUGGUACGUAGUCUACUGAUAACCUAGUAGUAAAAAAUAUCAUAUCAGGGCAAACCACAUAGCUGUAUUUCAAAAUCCAGAGACAAUUUUUUAAAAUCACCCCCAAAAAAAGAGGACAAAAGUUUUGACCCCCCUUUAAAAAAAGUUAAAUAUCGCCACCGGAUGUAGCCCGCACCUUUCGCAAUCGACGUGCCUUACCUGAAUACAGGUUAAUAAACGCUUUUCCGUUGAAUGUUUCGUUGCAUCUGAGGACGCAACGCGUUAAACCGAGUUUGAUGUAGAGCUGCCCACAAUGGUUAAUAUCUCGCUCUAGCGCUUUCCAAAUGUUUUAAAUUGUGUUUAUAUCAUUUGGUUUUGACUUGUAAUCACCUGCAUUGACCUUCUUCUUUUGAAAAAAGUCCACGAUGGCCUAGCAGGGUCGAUUCGGCCGAUAUCCAGUUGUCAUGCCCAGCCUUGGUGAGCCAUUUGCUCUUUGGCUGAAGGUCUAGAUGUGGUCGUUAGGUCCUCAGUCUAAUCCUGAGACCCAUAUUUACACUCAGUAUUGUAAAAUUUCUCGAUUUGACCCGUUUUGUAAUGGGUUUCAUUCACCUUAAUCUUGAGUUCGCCGUAACUGUAAAUGCCCCCAAGGUUGAUCAGAACCCCGCAGGCGAUUUGGCGUUCGAUACGUCUCAGACGUAGACGGCGGGUGCCGUAGCUUCUUAAAUUACGCGGGCCAUCUAAUGCAAGCCAUUUUUCUUCGGUAAAAAUCUAUUUGAAAAACUCGGUUUUUUGGUUAAGGUGCAGAUCGGGGAAGUUGCGGCGGCAAACCAUUUGAGAUCGUGUCAGCGGGAGUUUAUUCUUGGACUAAGUGUAGAUGUGAGUCUCAGGAUGAGAUUGAGGACCUAACGACCACAUCUAGACCUUCAGCCAAAGAGCAAAUGGCUCACCAAGGCUGGGCAUGACAACUGGAUAUCGGCCGAAUCGACACCACUUGGCCAUCGUGGACUUUUUUCAAAAGAAGAAGGUCAAUGCAGGUGAUUACAAGUCAAAACCAAAUGAUAUAGACACAAUUUAGAACAUUUGGAAAGCGCUAGAGCGAGAUAUUAACCAUUGUGGGCAGCUCUACAUCAAACUCGGUUUAACGCGUUGCGUCCUCAGAUGCAACGAAACAUUCAACGGAAAAGCGUUUAUUAACCUGUAUUCAGGUAAGGCACGUCGAUUGCGAAAGGUUCGGGCUACAUCCGGUGGCGAUAUUUAACUUUUUUUAAAGGGGGGUCAAAACUUUUGUCCUCUUUUUUUGGGGGUGAUUUUAAAAAAUUGUCUCUGGAUUUUGAAAUACAGCUAUGUGGUUUGCCCUGAUAUGAUAUUUUUUACUACUAGGUUAUCAGUAGACUACGUACCAAAUUUGGUCCAAAUUGGUACACUUUGGACCGAGUUAGAAGGGGGGUCAAAACUUAUGGCGGGGAGUAUAUGCCAUUAACGCCUUAAGCAAACCACCUAGGAGUAGCCGAUCUCUGAAUAAUUGAUCAUAACCGCAGGCGUUUUUAUUAAAUCAGUCUAGAAAUCCCCUACAAUACUCUUUGGUGAAUACUGAAGAACGUGGGAUAGCAAUCUCCCGUUAUCUUCGCAUUUCGUGCGCGCACUAACGCAAAAGUCCAAAAAAACGCAACUUUUCCGAUUUUGUAAUUACAAAAUGGUCAGAAUUUGCCAAAAAAUCCUCAAGUUUGCGUUAUCGCGUAAUUUCACCCCGAAAUUUCAUGAGUCCGGGUCAGCACUAAUACAACUUUAUUUUUCAUUGUGUAGGGCUAAGCCAUGUUUAAUUUCAACCAGUUUGGGCUGAUUCUGAAAAAGUUACAGGCCGCUAAAGUCCGGCCGGCUGGUCAGUUUUGUAAUGAUUUUGCACAUGCUUGAUGAAAUCCUUAACAUCCCUCGGUAUGAUGGACGGAGAUUGACCAUGUGUGAUCAAUGACAUAAUCUUGCCCUUAAAGUGCAAGGAUGGAAAAUUCCGUUUUACCAAAUGUUUUGCAGCUCUUCUUGAUAGGGCAGUUAAAAUUUGGAACAUGUAGCUCAAUUAACAACCCAGCUAAAGGGUGGUCUGAGAGAUAUGUCCGGGAGUAUAGUGCACAUCGCAAAAAAAAUUAGCUGCCUAAAUUACCUUACUAGGGAAGUGUACAAACGAACCCUCACCAAAUGGCAAGUGUUAUACACCAUUGGAAAGCCCUUGAAAAAUGGUGAAAGGUACCAUUUUCAUUUUUUGCAGAAUGCCUCAGGGCAAAAAAUUAUAAACGGUUGAUUUGUCCCUUAAGUAGUUACAAUAUCUUCUAUUAGGCAAAAUAAAUGUUAUUUCAAAACGCUAAAUGGUACGUAUUACCAUUAGGUUGGCCUAAGAAUCAUUAUGAAGCUUGGCGCUUGCGAGUAAAACCAUUUUACAUAUGACAUUUACUGGUUUUAAACACCCAUAAGGUGAAAAAACACUUUUCACUUUUUUUAAUCUUGAAAAACAUGUAAGUUUGAUGGUUUUUACCGUAAUCGAUCGUCUCCCAGAAAAAUUAAAACCUUUGUAAAAGUUUAACGCAAAUAUUUACCUAACUGUAAGAACGCAAAAAUGAUUUUGCCCAAGCUGGGAACCGAACCCGGCUUGCUUUGGCUUAUCAGCCUGCUCCGCAACCACUGCACUAUUGAAGCAACCCUCUCCGAGGAUUUUUUCCUGCCCAAGAGAAAGAAAGAUUUUUGUUGCAGAAUGACCUAAAAAUAAUAUAAUUUACAGUAUGUUGUCGCGGAAAGUCAUUCUGCAAAAAAUGAAAAUGGUGUCUUCUACCAUUUUUCAAGGGCUCUUCAAUGACGUAUGUCACUUAUCAUUUGGUGAGGGUUCGUUUGUACACUUCUCUAGUUAGGGCAUAGAUACGACCGCUUUUUGAAAGGGGUUAUAUGCGGCCAAAACGCCGGUUCCUUAUAUUACAGUAAUACUGGCGGUUUGAAAUCGUCUUUAUUAAUUUCCUGGUAUCCAAAGACGUCUAUCACGGUCGUUUUAUGGCUUUACCGAUCCUCGGUUAUAUGUUAUUAGACAUUACUGCUAGUUACUGUAAAUUGUAAAUAAAACUAGGUUAAAGGGAAAAUUGGAGCAAAAAGCUUUGGAAAUACAUUUAUAUGAUCGUCGUGGUUAUUCACAAACGAAAAUUUCAAAAUCGAAAAUUUCUUAUGUCCUAGCCUUACCAAUGGUUGGUCCACUGUGUCAGCAAUAGUGUCUUUGGCCGAUUUUACAAUUUUAUCUUCGUAUUUUUUCGAAAAAAUGUAUAUUUAUAGGCCCUUGUAAAUUGAAUUAUCCUCCAGUAAUUAUAAUCGGUCAGGUUACUGGCACAACACCCUUGUAAUUAUACGAUAGUGACAUACCCACUCUCAUCACCAUCAAAUUUGUGGUCGUUUCAAAAAAAUUCAAAAACUCAGAAAAAUUGCAUAACCAUGGAUUUUGUCUGCGGAGGAACAAAAAUUAUUAAAAAAUGUCAACAUACCAUGGUUUUGUGGCAUAUAAGAGAUGAAACGCAAAACAUUCACAGAGACCGGAUUCGAAACCAGGACUCGCUGCGCCGGAAGUGGGCUCACCACCAAUCGGCCAACUGGACACAACUCUGUUGCCGUUCCGAGAGCUUAUAAAGCGAGGCGGAAAUUAGGCUAAAAUCUGUAUUUUGGCCAUAACUUUGUUCAAAGUGAAUUUAGGCAGCUAAUUCUUUUUGCGCUGUGAACUAUUUUUAAUGCUCUUUCAAAUGAUAUAGGUUUCGUUAAGAAAGCAGGGUACAACUAUUUGCCGAUCCCUUGUGAGCUUUUUUCAUCUUAUUCGUAAAAGCCAAACCCAAAUACGGCCUCCGUCGGUAAAAAAGUCUCCUCCGAGCCUUCGCCAAUGUGUACGACAUCCGCCAAUCUGCCGAGACUAACAGAUUACAUCGUACCAGGUGUAACAACCUAAUUUCGUCUUUAGUUAAAUGUCUGGGCUUUGUAACGAGAUGUAAUUUUUUAUUCUUUUGCAUUUUCUAAAUCGCCCAACUUCACAUUUUAAGGUCAAUUUUAACUUUUUGGAUAGCUGCAAAGAGCACAAAGAAUUUGGACACUUUCUGAAUGGCGAAAUCCGGAACCGGGAAAAAAACAAAAGAUAAGGCUUAGAACUGCCACUUGAUCUUAAUAUGUUAUUAAUCUCGAAACUUUGUUAUUUUUUUGAUUGUUACUUUUUUUCUUACGGUAGUACUGUUAAAUAGUAAUCAUUUGAAAAAAUAGAAAAAAUUUGGGAGACCGGUUAUUUCCCAAAAGUACAGAAUUCCGCGAGACCGAACCUUUCAUUUGGGGCAGAUCGGGUAUCGGCCCAAUAUUGCAAAACUGUUUGAAUUGCUAGCCAAUGUAGGUUAGGGUACUUUGUGUUCACACCGUAGGGUAGGUCCCCUGCGACCCAUUUCCCCACCUAGGUCGCGACCAAGGUCAAGGUGGUUGCCUAAAAUCACUCGAAAAUGGUGUCAAUGUUUGACUAGGAUGGUCAAGACGCCUUCUUUAGGUCCGUAACCGAGGUCAGGUGGUUGUCCAAAAUAUUCUCAAAACGGCCAAACAAAAUGACUAGGGUGCGAGAGUCACUUUGGUUGAGCUUGGUCGUGACCUAGCUCGUGAGCUAUGAUGACAUCCAUGUUUUUCAAGAAAAAAAGCAGGAUCAUGGGUCAUGAAUAAGACCAACUUUUUCCUCCAAAAAUUCUUUCGAAAGAAUUUUGAUGUGUAAAAUCUUUUGGUAAAUUCAUAUUGCGUGGACGAAACGUCCAAACGGUUCAGGAAAUGCGCUGGAUUGACGCUGCCGUAAUUUUCGCCCACAGUUAGGUCAGGUCACAACCACCCUGACUAUACCCCGGGACUAAAGUUUGGAACAGGCUAGAUUUACUUUGUGGCUUGAGAUCGCAGUUUCAUUUCUUUUCUAUGAGAAUCGGAAUGUAUUGAAACCCUGAAUAGAUGCAUAGCCGUAAAAAUCCGAAAGCUCAUAUCAGCAAACCACAAAAUUUUUAAAAAUGGGUGGGACAAAAGUUUGGAACAGGGUAGGAAUGCGACCAUAAAUUUCGAGGUAUAGUCAAAAACUCCUAGCCUUUGGUAUUUUUAGAUGCUACAAGGAGUCAGGAUCUCAACGACAUGCUGAUUUUCAUCGAUAAACUCAAAAUGAAAAAAAUUCUUAUUGAGCCAAAAAUGACGGUCAAAUUUGCGAAAAAAAAUUAUUUUUGGGUUGGGUUCUCUAUGUUAUUGGGUGUGUAAGCAUUCUAAAAUAUUUAAUAUAGUCGUAUGACCGUAAAAAGACACUCAGAUCUUCGCAUAGCGACCUUAUCCGCACAGUAUAAUUUAUGAAAAUCUUGGAUUGCGCUUCGAAUCUUGGUCUAAUGAACUUUAGACUUUUUGUAAGGCGGCUUGAUGGCUAAUUGGUCUUUUCAUAGUUUUUGUGGGAUGAAAAGGUUUCUUCACAAAGCAAAACAUGACCGCAAUUUGCAAUAUCCCAAGUAAGACGUUUCAAAAAUUAAAAAAAUUUUUCGAUCACCAAAAUCAAUGUCUAUAUCGACCUGGAUUCCUAGUUUAAUACAUUGUAGAGUUGGCUAACAAAACUUUAUCAGUGUGAAAAGGAUAAAGGCAUUUAGUUUUGCGCCAUACGGCGACCUAAAAUUAAAGUAAAAAAUAUGGGUCAUCUUAACAUCUCAUAUAUAUGGGUUUUUCGAAGUUGUGGCCUUUCGUGUUGCAAAUAGCGGUUGGUUUUUGCCUCUUGGAGAUACCUUUUUGUCCCACAAAAACUAUGAAAAGACCAAUUAGCCAUCAAGCCGCCUUACAAAAAGUCUAAAAUUCAUUAGACCAAGAUUCGAAGCGAAAUCCAAAAUUUUCAUAAAUUAUACUGUGCGGAUAAGGUCGCUAUGCGAAGAUCUGAGUGUCUUUUUACGGUCAUACGACUAUAUUAAAUAUUUUAGAAUGCUUACACACCCAAUAACAUAGAGAACCCAACGCAAAAAAUAAUUUUUUUCGCAAAUUUGAUCGUCAUUCUUGGCUCAAUAAGAAUUUUUUUCAUUUUUAGUUUAUCGAUGAAAAUCUGUAUCUCGAUGAAGUCCUGACUCCUCGCAGCAUCUAAAAAAACCGAAGCCUAGGCGUUUUUGACUAUACCUCGAAAUUUAUGGUCGCAUCCCUACCCUGUUCCAAACUUUUGUCCCACCCAUUUUUAAAAAUUUUGUUUUUUUGCUCAUAUGAGCUUUCUGAUUUCUACGGUUAUGCAUCCAUUCUGGGGUUUUAAUACAUUCCGGUUCUAAUAGAAAAGAAAUAAAACUCCGAUCUCAAGCCGCAAAGAAAAUCUAGCCUGUUCCAAACUUUAGUCCCGGGGUAUAUGCUCACAACCUAGGUCGUGAGCUUGGUGACGACCUGACAUAGAGAAAGUGUCUUGACCAGCCUAGUUAAGCAUUGCGACCAUUUUCGGGGAAUUUUAGGCAACCAUCUUGACCUUCCUCACGACCAGGUCGCGAGCUUUGUCAUGGGUGAUCUCUCCUCUGGUAUGAACACCCCGUUGGUUAGCUAGUAAAUAAAUUUUGCAAUGUUUGGUAUAAGUAUUGAGGCGAUACCCGAUCCCUCAACUAAAGGGUAGCUAUAACACAGUUCUGUAAAUAUUAUACUAUGUAUGGAAUUAUUAUUUAGGGGCGAUUCCUCAUCUGUUAACUGCGGUAGAUCCACUGAAAGAUCAGACGUAUUUCCUUUCACGGAUAUCCGAAAAUCAACUUCGAAGGUCCAUGUUUCCGAUCGGAGAUCAAAUUAAAUCUAACGUUAAGAAAAUGGCGGUAGAAAUGGGACUUAAUGAAGUGGCCGAGAAAAAAGAAAGCAUGGGAUUAUGUUAUGUUGGGAAACGUCGGAAAUUCAGUGAAUUCCUCGAAAAGGUAUCAUUUUUAUAACCCUUCAAGAGAAUUUGUAAUUCUAAACUCUUUGUUUAGUAUAUACCAGACAAGAAAGGCAAUCUGGUGGACAUUGAAACAGCAGAAGUCAUAGGAGAGCACAAUGGAAUCCAUCACUUUACAAUUGGAAAAAGGGUUGCCAUUAAUACAAAUUAUCCUACCCAUUACGGAUUUUACGUCUGCAAGAUUGAUUCCUGUUCGAAUAUUGUGUACCUGGUAAGAAUACAGAAACGUUAAGUGUUUCUGGGCAAACAGUGCACCUCGAAGAAAAUUUUUUUGUAAAAAAUUGAACAAGCUUUUGAAUUUUUUUUCGCCAAAAUAACAAGGUUUAUAGCGAGUUACAAUCGAAAGGGUUUUCGAAAUACCCCCAUUAUGGCAUCGUCCUAUUGUGGUUUCCGCCUAAGUAUUGUAGACGAUUGCCAAUCCGGGGAGCGACAAUUGGCCAAUUGCAAUUGGGGAAAAAGACAAUCGGGGAAACUGAAAAGUAUUAUUUUUCUUGCCUGUAAGUUUUGUUGAUUUCAAAAAUCAUGUUCACUUUUUGAUUGUUAUUUUUUUAAGUAGUACUGUAAAGUAGUAUUUUUUAGAAUUUUUAUCACAAAUACUCGAUAUAGCGGUUUUCGAUGGUGCUGAUUUCGAAAAUGAUAUUCAAUCUUUCUUAUUUGAAAUCAGCACCAUCGAAAACCCCCAAAUCGAUUAUUUGUGGAAUAAGGUAAAAAAAAUUAAAUCGAGUAUUUGUGACAAAAAAUGCAAUUAACUGCGUUAAAAAUGGUUUAACGUCUUUUUCCCCAAUAUUCAACUUACCCAAGUGUCUUGUUCCCCAAUUGAGGACGUUCCUGCCAAACAAGUUUAAAUUGUAGUGUCGGGGAUCGUUUAAUCCAUUGUUAUAUUCAAAGAAAAUUCAAUUGGAAAGGCCUCAUUGGAUUAACGGAUCUCCCAUCGAAGGUGAUCUCGAAUUCAGAUGUCAGAGACAACAUCCGACCUUACAAUGCUCACUCGAGGAUGACAUCUUGACCUCAAAGACACCUUUAAGAGCUGCUGCUCCUGGUCAGGUACGCGAUUUACCACUUUAUUGAAAAUAUGCAUUUUUUCAGAAUUGUGUUUUUUACCGAGAAAAUGUUUGUCUGGGAUCUGCCGAGAUUACUGAUAUCCUGGAGCCGAUCAAAUAA